UGUUAUUGCAGAGAGCGACUUUAGUGAGGUUUUUGGACAACUUUUACAUAGUUUUGGAAACAUUUCGGAAUGUUCGGAAAGAAGAGGUUAACAGAGAAGAAGACAGCUGCUAUGUUGGCCGAAAGAUCCGACGACGAUAUUGCGUCCUCUUCGGAAGGUGAAGAAUCUGUGGACUCUGAAUCUGAGGAGGAUUUUCUAAAUGGAAGCGAAGUAUCUGUGGACUCUGAAGCUGAGGAGGAUUUUCUAAAUGGAAGAGAUCCUGAUCUAGAACUAGAGCCAGAGUCAUCUGACUCGGAUUGGCAGCCAGAUCCAAAGAGGCCCACGAGGACCCCAAUGACUCUUGAAGAGGAGGAGGAGGAGGAGGAGGAGGAAGAAGAGGAGGAGGAGUUGGAACCCCAUCCCUCUACCUCCACACAGUCUGCAAGACAGGGGAGGGGGAGAGCCAGAGAAAGAGCCAGAGGAAGUGCCAGAGGAAGUGCCAGAGGGAGAGCAGGAGGGAGAAGCACUCCAGAGAAGAGUUCUGGACCUGAAGGUGCAUGGCAAGGCACUGAUGUGGAGGACAUCAGUCCUGAACAGCCAUCCUUCCACCCAGCACGCACACCUGGUAGCCAGCUCAUGGGUGGUGUACAAUACACCGUUCUACAGUUAUUUAAUUUGUUUGUGACCAAUGAUAUACUCCAAGUCAUUGUGAACAAUUCCAACAAGUUUGGAGAAACUGACCACCCAGACACCUUUCAGAGGAUCACCUUGCCAGAGAUGAUGUCGUACUUGGCGAUUAUUAUCUACAUGGGACUAGUCAAGGCACAGAACAUCAAUGACUAUUGGAGAAGGUCUGAACUAUACACCUUUUCUUUUCCAUCGAGUGUGAUGUCAGGGCGCAGGUUCAAAGCCAUCUCACGCGCCAUCCACCUCAGUGACAUAGAUGACGAUGCUGCCAACAACUUAAAAAGAGGCACCGCUGGGUACGACAGGCUUUGUAAAAUUAAGCCAAUGUACAAUGAGGUUAGGCAGGUGUGCAUGGCGUUUUACCAACCCCACCAGUGUGUUGCAAUUGACGAGAGGAUGGUCGCAUCCAAAGCCCGCAACAAUCUCCGCCAAAACAUGAAGAACAAGCCUGUGAAGUGGGGUUAUAAGCUGUUUGUGCUGGCGGAUUCCACCAAUGGUUACACCUGGGACUUCUUCAUCUACGAAGGCAAGGGAUCACAAAUUGUCAAGGGGCUCAGUUAUGACUCCGUAAUGCGGCUCAUGAAUACGCAGUUGCUUGGUACCGGGUACAAGUUAUUUGUGGAUAACUUUUACACAAGCCCAGAUCUCUUUCGUGACCUGCUGGCAAAGAAGAUCUGGGCCUGCGGUACCAUUCGCGGACAGCGUAUUGGGUUCCCCAAAGACCGGCCAGGCGGGCUUGAGAGGCGGGCUCCCCGGGGCACCAUUCGCUGGAUCCGCGAGGGGCCCAUGGUGUUUGUUCAGUGGAGGGACACCAGAGAUGUGCUAAUGUGUUCCACAAUCCAUGCAGCACAUGGAGAGGAUACAGUCCAGAGAAGGAUCAAGGGGGCAGAUGGGCAGUGGUCUAUAAAGGAUGUCCCCAUUCCACCAGCCAUCAUGGAUUACAACAGAAACAUGGGUGGUGUGGACCUGUCCAAUGCCCUGAUUGGCUACUACUCCAUCCUGCACAAGACCAAGAAGUGGUACCGGUCUUUCCUGUUCCACUUCAUCGACAUCGCCAUUGUCAACGCCUUUAUCCUGUACAAGGAGAUGGCCAUUGCAAGGCAGGAGAAGGUGAUGUCACACAAGGCCUUUCGUGAGACCCUGGUGAUGGAACUGAAAGCGGCUGGGUCUACCACCACAGCCCCUCCACAGCCACCCACUCCUGCUCCCCAAGGUGCCUUACACAAACCUGUACAUUUUUCACAGGAUGGCACCGUAGGUCGGAGGAGAUGUGUCCACUGCCACCAGAGGACCACAGUGAAAUGCUCCUCCUGUGAUGUGUGCCUGUGCUUCACAAUAACCAGGGACUGUUACAACACAUGGCACACCCUGAACAAUUUUUAAUUUUAUAUAUUAUGUAAAUAGUUUUUUAUCAUUCGUGUGUGAGUUUUGUCAUUUUCUCAGGCUCUUUGGUCAUGUAAAUACUUUUUGCUUCAUUCAUGUGUGUGUAUUUGUAUUUUGCAUAGUUUAGUUAUUAAAUUUUCUAAUCUUUCUAUAUAAAAAACUUUUACAGUGCACUUUGCCCGUUUUUAUCAAAAUCUCUCAGGCAGAAUGGAAGAAUAUGGGUUUUGUGUGGUUAUGCUAAUGUAAUGUUGUGCCUAAUUGACUGACAUCAAAUCCAAAUACAUAAAAUACCUCAAUGUUUCAGAGCUUUCAUCAGAUACCAAGAUUAUGUUUCUAGGCAAAGGGGUUCAAAAGUUAUAAGCCUUUGAAACUCAGCAUGCAGUCUUGGUAACCAAAGUUCCUUUUGGAGUCUCCAAAUGGCACAAAACAAAAACGCACAGACAUAUCUGUAGAAAUUAAUACAU